UCGAGAAUUACCAGACACUUCUAUAUAAUAAGAAUACGAACGAUCAUCGCAAUCCCAAAGUAGUAAUCUAUACAUGAUGUAACACAAGAUAGCGUUUAAGGGUAAUACCUUAAUGAAACUAGACACUCCUAUCGAAUCUCUCUUUUAUAUUUUCAAUGGUGCAAAUGAAAUAUUGAAGAUUAUUAAAAAUUGUUGUACCCGGUCAAGUUAAGCAAUAGAUAAUUUCUGCAUCUACAUUUUUUUAAAAUACGAAUGUUAAAGAGGAAAAUAAAUACAGUUUUGGAACUAUUUUUUUGAAAAAAUUAGACCACAAUGACAAAAGACGAAACACUGGAGAAAAAAUCAAUAGAAAAUAAUGAUACUGAUAAAAAGACUGCAUCUGAAUCUGGCCCUGACCCAUCAGCACCAAUAACUAGAAGGGGAGUAUUAACAUCAUUUUUGACUGGGAAGCCAAUGGAAAUACCAGAACAAGAUAUUUUAGGUAAAUGCAGAUUUGUAUCUGAAUUUGAAAAAUUAAAUCGUAUAGGAGAAGGCACCUAUGGAAUUGUUUACAGAGCACGAGAUACUAAAAAUGAUAAAGUUGUAGCCUUGAAAAAAGUUCGAAUGGAACAUGAAAAAGAUGGUUUACCAGUCAGCGGUUUAAGAGAAAUAUCUGUUCUUUUAUCUUGUCGUCAUGAAAAUAUUGUACAUUUAAGGGAAGUAGUAGUAGGGAGAAGUUUAGAAAGCAUAUUUCUUGCUAUGGAAUAUUGUGAACAAGACCUAGCAAGUUUAUUAGACAACAUGCAAGCUCCAUUUUCAGAAAGUCAAGUUAAAUGUAUUGUUUUACAAGUGUUAAAGGGUUUGCGUUAUUUGCAUCAUAAUUUUAUCGUACAUAGAGAUUUGAAAGUCUCAAAUCUACUUAUGACAGAUAAAGGAUGUGUAAAAAUUGCUGAUUUUGGACUUGCUAGGUGGUUUGGUUUGCCUUUAAAGCCAAUGACACCUAGAGUAGUAACAUUAUGGUAUAGAGCUCCAGAACUUUUAUUACAAGCAAAAACUCAAACGACUUCUGUUGAUAUGUGGGCUGCAGGUUGCAUUUUAGGAGAAUUACUUGGACAUCGUCCUUUAUUACCUGGACGGUCAGAAAUUGCUCAGUUAGAAUUAAUUGUUGACUUACUAGGUACACCAAGUGAAGCAAUUUGGCCUGAGUUUAAUAUGCUUCCAGCAUUACAGAACUUUACAUUAAAACAACAACCGUAUAAUAAUUUAAAACAACGGUUUCCAUGGUUAAGUGCUGCUGGUUUGAGAUUAUUAAAUUUCUUAUUCAUGUAUGAUCCAAAAAAAAGAGCUACUGCAGAAGAAUGUUUACAAAGUAGCUAUUUUAAAGAAGCUCCUUUACCAUGUGAUCCCAAACUUAUGCCUACUUUUCCACAACACAGAAAUAUGAAAAAAGCUGCUCCACCAAAAGAAACUAGAGAGCCAGAAACAAAUGUUAUAGAUCAGACUAAUAAUUUACCUGCAAUUUCAGAUCUCCUUGGUUCGCUUGUCAAAAAGAGGCGAGUUGAAUGAAUUUGAUAAAAUAAAAGCAAGAUUUUAUUUAUGUUUCAAAUACAAUCCAAAUUUCGU